AUGCUACAAUCUGUUUUAAAACCGAAAGGACUUUAUACAGUUUCAUUCAUUCGAUUCAUUUCACUUACUUAUGUAAAUCCAUCUACUUAUAAAGAACGUAUUCAACGAAUGUAUAACGAUGGAAUAGAUGUAAAUCAACAAACUGUUGAAACUAAUCCUACUGAACGUAUACGUCGAUGUACAUUCUUCAAAGAUAUUGAUCUUUAUUCAUAUUAUAAAAAAAUGUCUCCCAAUGUACAAACAAUUGGUGAUGCUCUACAUGAAGGUUGUGCUCUUUCAAAUGAUGGACCAUGCGUUGGUUAUCUUCCUUCAUCGACUAAUAAUAAAUCAAUCGAAUGGUUCUCGUAUUCGCAAGUAAUUGCACAAAGUGAAUAUGUUGGUUCAUAUUUAUGGAGAAAAACAAAACUUACACCAAUGCAAUCUAAAGUAGCAAUUAUAUCUUCAAAUCGACCUGAAUAUUUAUUUGUUGAACAAGGUUGUUAUAUGUAUGGUUUUAUUGUGGUUAGUUUGUAUACAACUUCUAAUGCUGAAGCAAUUUUAAAUCUCUUAAAACGAACACAAACUGAUGUACUUGUUGUUGAUAAUUUAGAACGUAUUCAAUCAUGUAAAGAUGAAUUAUUAAAUAAUGAUCAAAUUAAAGAAAUAAUUAUUAUGGAUGAUGAGAAGUAUGAUGAACAUAGUAAAAUUCGAUCUUUAUCAUCAAUUUUAAAAUCAAUGAAGAAGACAGAUAUAUGUGAACGACCAACUAUCGAUCCAGACAGUGUUGCAACAUAUACUUUAACAAGUGGAACAACAGGAGAAUCUAAACUUGCUAUGAUAUCACAUGACAAUUUUUUAUCAUCAACAAGAGGCAAUCUUAUUCGCUUAGAAAACGCUAAUAUGAAAAGACCUUUAACUAAUCGACAUUGUUCAUUUUUACCUAUGGCUCAUAUUUUCGAAAGAUUUGUCAUCUUACAAAUUCUACAACGUGGAACAUCACUAGUAUUUUGUCCAUCACCUGACAAAGUCGUCGAUUAUUUAUCUAUAGUAAAACCGACUCAAGCUUCUGUCGUUCCACGUAUUUUUAAUAAAAUCUAUGAUAGAAUUAUGACUGAUGUUAACAAGAGUCCAAUAAAACGAUUUCUUGUUCAACAAGCAUUACGUGAACAACCACCGUUUCUACCUCGUCUCGUUUUUGGUAAAGUGAAAAAAAUAUUUGGUGGCGAAUUAAAAGGUAUUAUUACAUCGUCAGCACCACUUAAACCAGAUGUUAUGCAUUUUUUUCGUAUUGCACUGGAUAUACCGAUUAUCGAAGGAUAUGGACAGACAGAAGCAGGUGGUGGUGGUACUAGUACUCAUCCAACUGAUAUGACAUAUGGCACGGUUGGUACACCAUUGCCAACAAUGGAAGCAAAACUUAUUGAUGUACCAGGGACAAAUUAUCGAAGUGAAAACAAUCAAGGUGAGGUUUGUUUUCGUGGACCAAGUGUUUUUAAAGGAUACUACAACGAUGAAGCAAAAACACAAGAAACUAUUGAUAAAGAUGGUUGGUUACAUACCGGUGAUGUAGGAGAAUGGACAACCAAUGGUGCAUUACGUAUUAUUGAUCGUGUCAAACAUAUAUUUAAGUUAAGUCAAGGAAAAUAUAUUGCACCUGAACGUCUCGAAGAUGUAUACAUUCGUUCUCAAUGGAUUGCACAAAUAUUUGUUGAUGGUAUUUCGACUGAAGAAACUGUUGUUGCUAUUGUUAUACCAGAUGAAGAUUAUAUCCGAAAGCAUUUCAAAUCAACAACAAACGCUACAACGCUUGCCGAGUGGUGCAAAGAUGAUAAGUUGAAAAAGAUAAUUUUAUCUGAUUUAAAUCAAUUAGCUGAAAAAUAUAACCUAAAGUCUUAUGAAAAGUUGAGUAAUAUCUAUCUCCAUUCUGAAUUGUUUUCACAAGACAAUGGACUUCUUACAGUAACACUUAAAACAAGACGAUCAAAUGCACGAAAACAUUUUGAAUCAAUUCUUCAAUCAUUAUACAAAGUUAGUCCAAACAUUACAUCUAAAAUUACACAGAAAUAG